GUUCCCGAGGGUGGGGGAGUCCGCGCCGGCCGCGGGCGGGCGGGCCGUCAGCUGCUCGGCCCGUCGCCUACCUCCCCGCCCCCCGGCUUCCUGCGGAGGCCGCGGCCGCCAUGUUGUUGUGGGGCUGAGGCGGUGCCGCGGAGCCCGAGCUGCCGUGACAGGCUGCGCAACAGGUUCGCUGUCGGCGGCCGGGGACGAACCGAGCGGCGGCGGCGGCGGCCGAGCAGGGUCCCUCGGCGUCCGCCCGCGGCCGCGCUGCCGGUGCCGAGGAGCGCGGGGUCGCGCUGUGACGUGCGGGGAGCGCGGCGGGGGCGCCAGAUGGCUGAGAGCUAGCAAGGAAAAUUCAGGACCAUGAUGGCUCAGUUUCCCACAGCUAUGAAUGAGCAAAAAAGAUCAGUGCGUCAUAUUUUUACCACUCGUGGCUCUAAUUCUGGUGUCUUCUGCACCAGCAGAAUCAUCCUUGCCAGAGUCUUCUUUGAUCAUGGAGGGCCAAACAUGUGGGCUAUUACCUCGGAAGAACGGACUAAGCAUGACAAGCAGUUUGAUAACCUCAAACCCUCAGGAGGUUACAUAACAGGUGAUCAAGCACGUACCUUUUUCUUACAGUCAGGCCUGCCGGCUCCUGUUUUAGCUGAAAUAUGGGCUUUAUCAGACCUGAACAAGGAUGGGAAGAUGGAUCAGCAAGAGUUCUCCAUAGCAAUGAAACUCAUCAAACUAAAGCUGCAGGGCCAACAGUUGCCUGUGGUCCUCCCUCCUAUUAUGAAACAACCUCCUAUGUUCUCUCCAUUAAUUUCUGCUCGUUUUGGAAUGGGAAGCAUGCCCAAUCUGUCCAUGCCUCACUCAUUGCCUCCAGUUGCACCUGUGGCAACCCCCCUAUCCUCUGCGACUUCAGGGACCACCCUUCCUCCCUUAAUGAUGCCUGCUCCCCUAGUGCCUUCCGUUAGCACAUCAUCACUACCAAAUGGAACCGCUGGCCUCAUUCAGCCUUUAUCCAUUCCUUAUUCUUCUUCAACAUUGCCUCAUACAUCAUCUUACAGUCUCAUGAUGGGAGGACUCGGCAGCGGUGCUGGUUUACAGAAAGCCCAGUCUCUGAUUGAUUUAGGAUCUAGUAGCUCAACUUCCUCGACUGCUUCACUAUCAGGGAACUCGCCCAAGACUGGGAGCUCAGAGUGGGCAGUUCCUCAGCCUUCAAGAUUAAAAUAUCGGCAAAAAUUUAAUAGUCUUGACAAAAGCAUGAGUGGAUACCUCUCAGGUUUUCAAGCUAGAAAUGCCCUUCUUCAGUCAAAUCUUUCUCAAACGCAGCUAGCUACUAUUUGGACCCUGGCUGACAUUGAUGGUGAUGGACAGCUGAAAGCUGAAGAGUUCAUCCUUGCGAUGCACCUCACCGACAUGGCCAAAGCCGGCCAGCCGUUGCCACUGACGUUGCCUCCUGAGCUUGUCCCUCCGUCUUUCAGAGGCGGAAAGCAAAUUGAUUCUAUUAAUGGAACUCUGCCUUCAUAUCAGAAAAUUCAAGAAGAGGAACCUCAGAAAAAGUUACCAGUUACUUUCGAGGACAAGCGGAAGGCCAACUACGAGCGAGGGAACGUGGAACUGGAGAAGCGACGCCAAGCGCUGAUGGAGCAGCAGCAGAGGGAGGCAGAACGUAAAGCUCAGAAAGAAAAGGAAGAGUGGGAGCGCAAACAGAGAGAAUUACAGGAGCAAGAAUGGAAGAAACAACUUGAAUUAGAAAAACGCUUGGAGAAGCAGAGGGAAUUGGAGAGACAGCGGGAGGAAGAAAGGAGAAAAGAGAUAGAAAGACGAGAGGCAGCAAAACAGGAACUGGAAAGACAACGUCGUUUGGAAUGGGAGAGGAUUCGUCGACAGGAGCUUCUCAAUCAAAGGAAUAGAGAACAGGAAGAAAUUGUCAGGUUAAACUCUAAAAAGAAGAGUCUUCAUCUCGAGUUGGAAGCAUUGAAUGGCAAACAUCAGCAGAUCUCAGGCAGACUUCAAGAUGUCCGACUCCGAAAACAAACUCAAAAGACUGAGCUGGAAGUUCUAGAUAAGCAGUGUGACCUGGAAAUUAUGGAAAUCAAGCAACUCCAACAAGAACUUCAGGAUUAUCAAAAUAAGCUUAUCUAUUUGGUACCUGAGAAGCAAUUAUUAAAUGAAAGAAUUAAGAACAUGCAACUCGGUAACACACCUGAUUUAGGGAUUGGUUUGCUUCAUAAAAAAUCAUUGGAAAAGGAAGAAUUAUGCCAAAGACUUAAAGAACAAUUAGAUGCUCUUGAAAAAGAAACUGCAUCUAAACUCUCCGAAAUGGAUUCAUUUAACAAUCAACUAAAGGAACUGAGAGAAAGCUAUAAUACACAGCAGUUAGCGCUUGAACAACUUCAUAAGAUCAAACGUGACAAGUUGAAGGAAAUUGAAAGAAAAAGGUCAGAGCUAAUACAGAAAAAGAAACUAGAAGAUGAGGCUAUAAGGAAAGCAAAGCAAGGAAAAGAAAACUUAUGGAGAGAAAGUCUUAGAAAGGAGGAAGAAGAAAAACAAAAGCGACUCCAGGAAGAAAAAACACAAGAGAAAGUUCAAGAAGAAGAGCAGAAAGUGGAGGAGAAGCAAUGUGAGCCAGCUAGUGCUUUGGUAAAUUAUAAAGCAUUGUAUCGCUUUGAAGCCAGGAGCCAUGAUGAGAUGAGUUUUAAUUCUGGGGAUAUAAUACAGGUUGAUGAAAAAACCAUAGGAGAACCUGGUUGGCUUUAUGGUAGUUUUCAAGGAAAUUUUGGCUGGUUUCCAUGCAACUAUGUAGAAAAAAUGCCAUCAGGUGAAAAAUCUGUGUCUCCUAAGAAGGCCUUACUUCCCCCUACAGUAUCUGUAUCUGCUACCUCAACUUCUUCUGAAUCACUUUCUUCAAAUCAACCAGCAUCAGUGACUGAUUAUCAAAAUGUAUCUUUUACAAACCUAACUGUUAAUACAUCAUGGCAAAAAAAAUCAGCUUUUACUCGUACUGUGUCCCCUGGAUCUGUAUCACCGAUUCAUGGACAGGGACAGGUUGUAGAAAACCUAAAGGCACAGGCCCUUUGUUCUUGGACUGCAAAGAAAGACAACCACUUGAACUUCUCCAAACAUGAUAUUAUUACUGUCUUGGAGCAGCAAGAAAAUUGGUGGUUUGGGGAGGUGCCUGGAGGAAGAGGAUGGUUUCCAAAAUCUUAUGUCAAAAUCAUCCCUGGGAGUGAAGUCAAGCAGGAAGAACCAGAAGCUUUGUAUGCAGCUGUAAACAAGAAACCUACCUCUGCAGCCUAUACAGUUGGAGAAGAGUAUAUUGCACUUUAUUCAUAUUCAAGUGUGGAACCUGGAGACCUGACUUUCACUGAAGGUGAAGAAAUAUUGGUGACCCAGAAAGAUGGAGAGUGGUGGACAGGAAGCAUUGGAGAUAGAACUGGAAUUUUUCCAUCAAAUUAUGUCAAACCAAAAGAUCAAGAGAGUUUUGGGAGUGCUAGCAAAUCUGGAACAUCAAACAAGAAACCUGAGAUUGCUCAAGUAACUUCAGCAUAUGUGGCUUCUGGUUCUGAACAACUAAGUCUUGCACCAGGACAGUUAAUAUUAAUCCUAAAGAAAAAUUCGAGCGGGUGGUGGCAAGGGGAAUUACAGGCCAGAGGAAAAAAGCGGCAGAAAGGAUGGUUUCCUGCCAGCCACGUUAAACUUUUGGGUCCAAGCAGUGAAAGAACUACACCUGCCUUUCAUCCUGUGUGUCAGGUGAUUGCCAUGUAUGACUAUGGGGCAAAUAACGAGGAUGAGCUGAAUUUCUCCAAGGGACAGCUUAUCAAUGUUUUGAACAAAGAUGAUCCUGACUGGUGGCAAGGAGAAAUCAACGGGGUGACUGGUCUCUUUCCUUCAAACUAUGUUAAGAUGACAACAGACUCCGAUCCAAGUCAACAGUGGUGUGCUGAUCUCCAGAGCCUGGACACCAUGCAGCCAGUGGAGAGGAAGAGGCAGGGCUAUAUUCACGAGCUGAUUCAGACUGAAGAGCGGUACGUGAACGACCUUCAGCUCGUCGUGGAGGUUUUUCAGAAACGGAUGGUGGAGUCAGGCUUUCUCACUGAAGGGGAAAUGGCCUUGAUCUUUGUAAACUGGAAGGAGCUCAUCAUGGCUAACACGAAGCUACUGAAGGCCUUGCGGGUCCGGAAGAAAACUGGAGGAGAGAAGAUGCCCGUGCAGAUGAUCGGGGACAUCCUGGCCGCUGAGCUGUCCCACAUGCAGGCUUACAUCCGGUUCUGUAGCUGUCAGCUUAAUGGAGCAGCUCUGUUACAGCAGAAGACAGAUGAAGACACGGAUUUCAAGGAAUUUUUAAAGAAGUUGGCGUCUGACCCUCGAUGUAAAGGAAUGCCCCUUUCCAGCUUCCUGCUGAAGCCCAUGCAGAGGAUCACCCGCUACCCUCUCCUCAUCAGAAGUAUUCUGGAGAACACCCUGGAGAAUCACGUAGACCAUUCCUCCCUAAAGUUGGCUCUUGAGCGGGCAGAGGAGCUUUGUUCCCAAGUUAAUGAAGGAGUUCGGGAAAAAGAAAAUUCAGACCGGCUGGAGUGGAUCCAGGCGCACGUUCAGUGUGAAGGUCUCACAGAGCAACUUAUCUUCAACUCCCUCACCAACUGCCUGGGACCCCGGAAGCUUCUGCACAGUGGGAAACUAUAUAAGACCAAGAGCAAUAAGGAGCUACAUGGAUUCCUCUUCAACGACUUUCUGCUCCUGACCUACAUGGUCAAGCAGUUUGCUGUUUCCUCAGGCUCUGAGAAGCUUUUCAGCUCUAAGUCCAAUGCCCAGUUCAAAAUGUAUAAAACGCCCAUUUUCCUGAAUGAAGUCUUGGUGAAACUGCCCACAGACCCUUCCAGCGAUGAGCCUGUCUUCCACAUUUCUCACAUUGACCGGGUCUACACCCUCCGAACAGACAACAUUAACGAGAGGACUGCCUGGGUCCAGAAGAUCAAGGCCGCGUCUGAGCAGUACAUCGACACGGAAAAGAAGAAACGGGAGAAAGCUUAUCAAGCUCGCUCUCAAAAGACUUCAGGCAUCGGGCGUCUGAUGGUGCAGGUCAUCGAAGCUACAGAAUUAAAAGCCUGUAAACCGAAUGGAAAGAGCAAUCCAUACUGUGAAAUCAGCAUGGGCUCCCAGAGCUAUACGACCAGGACCCUCCCGGACACACUCAAUCCCAAGUGGAAUUUUAACUGCCAGUUCUUUAUUAAGGAUCUCUACCAAGACGUGCUGUGUCUCACCAUGUUUGACAGAGACCAGUUCUCACCAGAUGAUUUCCUGGGUCGUACUGAGGUUCCAGUGGCAAAAAUUCGCACAGAACAGGAAAGCAAAGGCCCCACAACCCGCCGACUCCUGCUGCACGAGGUCCCCACGGGGGAGGUCUGGGUCCGCUUUGACCUACAGCUUUUUGAGCAAAAAACUCUCCUGUAGGGGCCUCAGGGAUCUGCCCAAAAGGCUGGGCUAGAGCCAGAUGGACGGUGCUGCACCUGGGCCCAAAGAGCACCGCCAGCUUCAUCCAUCGCGGGCCACGCGCAGCGGGGCUAUUUUCUUGCACACCAAAUUGCUAGCAAUCUAUGCAAACAUGGUCUUUCCUAUAAAUAAACCAAACCCAUAGCACAGUGCCUUGUAUUAGUGUUAACAUCUUUGGUUGUUUUUAGAUGCCAGGGUUUCCAUUUUCAGGGCUACAAAAAGUAUUAAGUGGAAAUGAGGCAUCAGAACACCAGAUGCUACCUGUGGUUGAACGUGCCCAAGGCGGGUGGUUCUGGUGAUGCUGUAGCUACCCCGUGCCGGGGGCCUGUGCCGGGCCACGGGUGCUCAGGAGGUGGAGGACUGGGGAGUGCGGGCGCAGCCUCAGGCUGAAGUCUGUCUACUCUGUGCACUGAACAAAAACAGACUUGAUCAUUUUAUUCCCGAUUAGAUUUUAUCAUCUCUGCUGAGACAAUAGAGUUUGAAAUAUAAAGGGGAAAGCUUGAUUUACUUUAAAUACUGUGAACUCUAAUAAUAUGGAAAUAUUUUUCAACUUUAGUUUUCUGAAGUAUAAAUUAUUUAUGUAAAUUCCUUGUUUUGCCUAUUUCAUAGGACAUGCAUCUUUAAGCUUUAUCAUUGCCAAUAUGUACAGAAAGAGAAUAAAAAUAUAAGUUUAUGAAUGUAACUUCUUUCAAAGUUUGACUGAUUUACGUUCCACCUGAAAGGCUCUUAAAAGGUAAGUUCAGGAUGCUUGGGUGGCUCAGUCUUUAAGCGUCUGCCUUCGGCUCCGGUCAUGAUCCCGGGGUCCUGGGAACGAGCCCUGCUAAGCAGGGAGCCUGCUUCUCCUGCUCCCCCUGCUUGUGCUCUCUCGCUUGCUCUCUCUCUAAUAAAUAAAUAAAAUCUUUAAAAAAUAUAAAAAUAAGAGGUAAGUUCAGGGGUUGCUGGUAAUGAAACCAAAUUUCCUUUCUGCGAGGGCGGCAAAAACCAAGGGCAGCUUGGGGAGGGGGAGUGCCUAGGAGACCCUGCAGCCUCGUCUUGACUCUCACUUGCUCUAGGACUCUGGUACAUUUACCUACUGUUUCUGGGGCUUGGUUAUCUUUGGUGGUGAGACUGCUGACCUCUGUGGGAGCAACACCCUUUGAGUCCUUGUGCUUGCCAGGUGAGCAGCAACCUGAGAGGUAACUUAGAACAGACAUUACACAUCCUCAGCAGGCCCUCAGCCUCCAGCUCCAGCAGCACCUCUCUCUCCCCGUCCCCUGUCCUGUCAGAGCCACAUCUACACCGUCGGAGCUGCUUGUUUGGGCUCUGGAUUUUGAAGUAUGCAAUUUGUUUUGAACAUUGACAAAAAUAAGGUCUUACCCACUAAAUCCCUGGGUUAAUGAGUGCAGCUGGAAAGAGUGGUCUUUUGGAAAGAACCACACAGGCUGCAGGUGCCCUGAUUUUCAGGGAGCACAUCUUCUCAGGGAGCUGGAAGAACAAGAAACAUUCAGAUGUCCCUCCACCCCGGCCCCCAUUUCUGUCUAAACAUAAUCACUGGGCAAAGAAAGGCUGGAAAACAUAAUUCAGAAUAUUCAAGCAAAAAAAAAUCAUAAUUCCAGGUAUUAAUCCUGGACGCUGACUUGUUAAAACUUAGAUGUAAAAGUGUCAACAGAAGAGACACCACUCAGCAUGUGAAACCAAAACAACUGGAUACAUUAAUUAAGGAAAAGUUUGGCCGGUCAGGCACACAGCCUCACUGAUCUCCUAGAGGGUCUCCCAUAGGGUCUUGAAGCAAGUUGUGUGUUGGUUUUGGAGGCAGGUAUGGGCUGAUGUCCAAGUCUACCUCUGACUGGUCUUCCAAAGCCCGAGACUGUCACCGAUGGGUCAGGCCGGUUUAAAACCAGUUCUGGGGUUACUUGUGACCCGAGCUACAGAAUAAUCCUUUUCUCAAGACGGUGAGGACUUGAAUUCUCACUGGGAUGAACUGUGGCUAGAGCCAUUUCUCCAUGUCUACAUAUGUCAGGGUUCUCUUCAGAUUCAGGACAGAGGAGCCUGGAGGAUGUGAGUCAGACAACUUCUCUGAAACCUCAGAGGACAUUCAAUGUCUGUGCUCCCAGCAACGCCAGUCACCUGCUUUGACCUGGGAACGCAGCUCUGCCCCUGGAGAAAUCAAGUUCUCUCCUGACUGAAACUGAGCUUGAUUUUCUGAAGGGUGAGGGAACGGAGUAUGCCUUUAGACUACUUGCAUCCCCCGGGGAAGGGCUGAGCAGACCCGAGGGAUGCCCAGCAACCCCCACCCCCACCCCCACCCCCGAGCUCUUCAGGAUCAGGACGCUGUGGCACACCAGCAGGAUAACCACCCUCUGAAAGGGACCCAAAUCCUGAGCAGUUUGACUCACAUUACAGGGGUGAGGAGGGAGUGUGCUCUGGUGAUCAGACCAGUACUUUGGCACUGGAGGGCCUGGACUUGGAAUCGAGAACACUGCCACUUUCAACGAUGCAGCCGACCUUAACAAGUUACUGAACCCCUCUGAGUUUCACGUAACGGGAGAUACUACUACUAUCUUGCUGUGAAGACUUUUACGUGAAUAAAAUACCUCACCUAGUUCACAACAGGAGCGCAAUAAACGGUAACUGUUA